AUGGCACCGCCGGUUGUUGAUCAUAAUAAUUAUGAACCUUUACCUGAUUUAUAUGGAGUCGAUAAUUUUGAAAAUCUGGGCUUAGCUAAGGAUUCGAGUGAACCAUCGUAUCCCGUAAAAAGGCAUGCUAUCUUACCAUGCCACAACCAUCCUGCACUGGAAAAUAACAAACCUUACAAAUCAAACCUAAUAACAAGUGAAUGGAAAAUGAAGUCUACACCUGUCGACAACGCGUAUGGUGAUUUAAUGGUUAAAAAAUCAAAAGUUGCAGGUUUAAAAAAAAUUGAAAUUAAUUCACAGAAAUUGAAUCAUGAACCAUUACAUCGUACACUACCACUUUUACAGAAAGAAAAUCUUAUUGGUGAAAAUCCAAAACACUCACUACUUCAAUUAAAUUUACAAGAUAAGGAGAACCAAAUUAAAUCAUUAAUUUCUACACCACAACAUAUUAAGUUAAACGAAAUAAUAUCAGAUAAAUUAGUCGAUGAAACCCUACAUAACAAACUAACCCAGCCGUCACUGACUCUUCCAGUACCUUACAAAUCUAUUAAGUAUCCCCUAAAUGAUCAGUUAAUACAGCCAACUGAAAUACAUAAUAAUAUUGAUACAGCAGGGUUGAUAACAGAUAGCGACAAACAGAGUAACCCGUUAAAGCUGUCUCCGCUUUUACCACAUAUACCAAAUAACCAGAACGAUUUGAAAAACAAACCAUCUUCGACCUUUCCAUCAGUUCAAUUUAACAAGCCGAAACCUGUAGACAUAUUGCGUGACAGAUCACCUUCUCAGUUAAUACAAACUCCUGCCAUCAAACCGGUACAUCUGCCGAUUAUUGUACAAAAAGAAGUAUCUCUAUCUUCAGUAAGCCAACGACCACAAGCCAAUAUUGAUUCGUCGUCACAAUAUCCUAAAAUAAUCAAAAACGACAUUGCUGAAUCAACGUCUCAACCAAUCCUAAUAUCCUUGUCACAUAAUAAACAAAAGGAAUCAAUUGAUGUGCCACCCUCAAAGUCUAUAAAGACUUCUGACACAGAAAUGGUAAAUAAACCGAUUACGAUUAUAGAAAAAAAAGUUUCAAUAUAUUAUCCACAUCAAAAAUCUCAGGAUUCAAUUGACUUGCCACCGCCUAAACAACUUAUGAAGAUUUCUAAUACAGAAACUGUAAAUAAACCGAUUAAAAUCGAAAAAAAGGAAAUUUCUAUAUCAGCACCAAAUGAACAAAAACAACCAAUUAUUGAUUUGCCACCACAAGCUCCACAACUUAUAAAAACUCCUGAUCAAAAAGUUAAACUAAAAGACAACACUGUUAAGAAGAUUGCUAUUUCGCAAAUAAAACAACAAAAUAUUCAUAAAAGAAAUGAGAAUGGAACUAUUCAAAUACAUCAAAAAGUUAAACAAGAAGUCAGCACUGUUAAGAAGAUUGCUAUUUCGCAAAUAAAACAACAAAAUAUUCAUAAAAGAAAUGAGAAUGGAACUAUUCAAAUAAAUCAAAAAGUUAAACAAGAAGUCAGCACUGAUAAGAAGAUUGCUAUUUCGCAAAUAAAACAACAAAAUAUUCAUAAAAGAAAUGAGAAUGGAACUAUUCAAAUAAAGUAA